UAUUCCGAAUGAAAGCGGAAAUGGCGGUGAAUAUUUCGGGAACUGUUCUUGCUUCGCUUUUCUACGAUAAUUCAUCGAGUAACGGAGACCAGACUGGCUUUUUGGUGGGUGAAAUUAUUCAUCAUGUUCAAGACACUAUCAGUGACUCACAAAUAAAUAACAGAGAGGUGAAGACUAAAACAUAUGUUUUUGACUGCAUUCCAUGUCCGAAAGAUCGGCUGUUCCACAACACAAGCGGAGAAAUUAAUGAGCAGGAAAUUAAAGACCUUUUACCAAAUAAACACAAGAAUGUUGUUGGAUGGUAUUGUUUUCGGAGGAAUUCAACAAUCAGGCCGUCCUUUAGAGAGCGUCUGCUUCACUACAACUUGAUUGAUUUGCUUGGCCAGGGUGAGAAUAUGUUCCUGUUUCUGCUGUGUUCUGCUAAGGCAAGCACAAACAGAUCAACACACACCUUUGAUCAUAGCUUUCUACAUUUAGACGAUGGUAUAUUCAGGAAGGUGCCUGUAGACAUGAUCAAUCUAGGAGACACCACCCAUACAGAGUAUAGGAGCGUAGCUAGUCAUACAGUAGACAGUCAACAUGGUGCCUUCAGUAGAAUUGUGAAAUCACAGGAAGGAGAUUUUCUCAAUGCAUACGGUCAGAUGGAAGUCAAGCAGAUUCAGAUGUUAAAUGGUGCUAUAAGAAAACAGUUAGAUAGAAUAUCACAGUCAGUGAUAGACAGUGAGACAGUAUGUAGUGAACUGGAAGAGGAGGUAGCUGUGUUUAGGAAAAGGGCAAAAUUGAAACUCUUGGAAAAACAACAGCAGCAGCAAAAGGCUUUAAAACAACAGAAUGGAUCAAAAGUAAGCAAAGGCCCUUCAGUAGAUGACAUUUUAUCAAUGGAUCAAGUGGAUGAUCUCCCUUCAGAAAUGUUAGUAGGUCAAGGUCAUGAUGAAAGAUUAAAAGGUCAGAAUGAGCGAACUUUAGGUGAAAGGUCAAGAGGUGAAAGUACUGGUGCAAGGCUUGUAAACCAUUCAGAUGCUGAACAGAAAAUGGAAACUGACAUAAAUAACUGUGAUGAAGUAGAUUUAAAAGGAAAGAAAUCACAUAAAGUGAAAUUGACAGCACCAGUAUCCGUACAUACACGAUCGUCAUCUUUGCCUGUAGACACAGAUAGUGAUUCUAUUCCAAGAAAAGUGAUUCAUACAAGGAGCAGGUCAGGUGAUGCUAACAGUGAAUCCAGCAGUGAUGCUAAUGGUGAUGCUAAAAGUGAAGAAAAGAUUAAAAUUGAUAAAAAUGAUAUUAAAAGAGCAAAUAUAAAAAGUGAAGAUCCGUUCGACUUUGUGGGUAGUAUGAUGGCGGAAUCUAAAAGAGACAAGCACAAGUUGCAUAAUUCAGGAAAACUAAAGAGAAAUGACCCUGACCUUGAUGUUGCCAUGGAAACAGAGGAUCCUAUACCAAGUAGACAUGGUAAAACGAAACAAAGUGCAGGUGCUGUGUCAGCUGCUAAAUCUUUUAAUCAAAAUUCGCGAACAACUAGAGGUCAAAGAUUAAAAGGUCAAGAACAAGUGACAGAGGUCAAACGUAAAGGUCAUAGUAGUGACAGUUCUGUGCAUGAAUUAGCUGAUGAUGAAGAAGGUCAUCAUUAUGAAAAAUCAAAGAAGCAUGGGGACAUGAAAACUUGUGGACAGGAGGUUGGCAAGAAGCAGCAUAUAGAAAUUGUGACUGAUGAUAGCACAAGCUCACAGGAUACUUAUGAAAUGGAUGUUUCUUCCUCUCCAAUCUAUUAAAUAUUCAUUUUUGUGCCCCCCCCCAUGAGUGGUGGGGGCAUAUAGAUUUGCUCUUGUCUGUCUGUCCGUCCUUCCGGGAAUGUUGUGUCGCGCCUAGCUCCAAAAGUAUUUGAUGUAGAGUCACAAAACUUUACAGAAAUGUGUAGUUGUGCACCUGGGGUUUCAAGUCCGGAUUCAUUCAGUCAUGUAGGAGUUAUGGCCCCUGACUUUGUAAAAAUUGAUCAUUUUAGUGUUUUGUUGCGCCUAGCUCCAAAAGUAUUUGAUGUAGAGUCACAAAACUUUACAGGAAUGUUGGUCAGCAUGUGUAGUUGUGCACCUGGGGUUUUGCAGCCGGAUUCAUUCAAUCAUGUAUGAGUUAUGGCCCCUGACUUAGUUAAAAAUUGGUCAUUUUAAUGUUGUAUUGUGCGUAGCUCCAAAAGUAUUUGAUCUAGAGUCACCAAAGUUUACAGGAAUGUUGGUCAGCAUGUGCAGUUGUGCACCUGGGGUUUUUCAUCCGGAUUCAUUCAGUAUUGUAAGAGUUAUGGCCCCUGACCUAGGAAAAAAUUCUCAUUUUAAUGUUUUGUCGUGCAUAGCUCCGAAAAUAUUUUACCUUCAGUCAUUAUUUCACUACACAAGACCAGACUUCUUGUCCAGACUUACUUAAAAAAAAAGUUUGUGAAACAUGUAUGUUAAAAUGUACUUGACCUAGAAUCAUAAAACAUGAGAGGAUUGUUUUAUAGCCUAUGAAGUGUUCUCUUUAAGAUUUUACUUGGCUAGGCCAGAGUUAUGGCCAACUAAGUGAAAAAUACACAUAAGGGUCUUAAAAAGUUGUGUUGCAAACAUCUUAAAAAUUGUUUAACCUGAGUCAUUAAACCAUGUUACAGUGGCAGGAGUGGGGGGCACCUGUGUCUUAUGGACACACAUCUAGUUCUGUAUUUUACAGGUUUGCACCAAUUCCUUAAAUAAUCAUUUUCAUACAAAAUAUAUCAGUUAUCAUUAAUAUCAGUUUUUAUUUCUUUGCAAAAAACUUACACAUUUUUGACACAGAUUUUUUUAUUUCUUCAUUUCUUCCUGUAUUUUUCUGGAAAGAUAAUUGACUGUUCCACCUUAGAUGAAAUCAGAUCCUCUUCAUGGAACUUUUAACUGUGUAUACUCCUUGAAUUAUGCCUCUGGUGUCAAAAACCAGGGAGGCAUGUAGUGUUUGAGCUGUCCAUCCAUCAUUUUGUAUGCCACAUUUUCUUGGUUACUUUGAAAAUUCAUCUUUUUAAAACAAUAUUUGGUAAAUAAAUAAUUCAGUGUUUAAAUGACUUCAUAAACACUAAAUUGGCUGCCUCCAUGGUCAGCCUGUUUUUGAAAUUUCAGAUUGCCAAAUCUUUUUCAGUAGUGGUCCGAUUUUGAAAACUACUUCAUUGUUUAAUUUGUUAUGAAAGGCGUCAUGAUGGCUUUCAUAUAUAACCAAUCGAUUGUUAGGUAUUACUUCCCCUCUAAUACUGUUACAAGUUCACCUGUACCUUGUGUACUCUACUUCUACAGUUUUCAUCCAUUUUAAAUGAAUGAUGGUAUACAUCAUCAACAUUAGCCCCAGUUUUGAAUUUUAUUUUGUUGUUUCUAGCAUUUUCAGGGUCAUAUGUCAUACAGUGUUGACAUCUUAUUGUUUACUGCUUAAAAUACUCAGUCUUCUUUCAGAAAAGGCAUUCAUGGAAAUCCUUGAAUUUGAAAAGCAUUCAUGUAGACAUUGCUAUUUAUCAUUUUAUGUGUAACAAUUAGUUCAACUUACCUGUUUUCCAUAGUGCCCUACCAGUAAGCUCAGCAGGUAAAGCACAAGACUGUGAACAUAGAGGUACUGACUUUGAUCACUGGGAGGAUUUGAUAAUGACAUUUUGUUUGCCACAUCUAAUUCAUGUGGAGAAUGUGCUAGUUAAGGACACAUCAUUCUGUGUUAUAGACCACCUUUAAACAGAGACCACCUCACUGUAUUAAAUGACCAUCAGUUGUUUUUGUUGUUGUUGUUUUUUUUUUUUUGGUAUAAACAUUUGUAAAAUAUAAUAACCUGAGAAUAAAAUCCCCCAAAAGACCACUUUUUAUACUCCCGUUUGUAUAAUGUAGCAGAAUUUAUGUCAGAAAAGACCCUCAAAAUGAUUGCCAGGGCAGAUAAUCGCUGCUAUGUGAAAAGCAUCAUAGUAAAUUAUAAUUCCAUUGUAAAAAUUGGUGACAUAAUUGGAUUUAUACUCUCAAGUGUCGUAGUUUUUGUUUAUUUAUCACGUGUUAGUUCUGUUAUUUAUGACGUGUUUAGUUUUUAACUCACUAGUUUUGUUAUUCAUGACAUUGUUAUUUUUGAAAUGUUACAGUUAAAGUGUAAAACAGUUUGUUACUAUGACAUUGAUGAUAUUCCUUGAGGACUUAUUUUUGCAGAUUUAAUUGUUUGGUCAGUCCAUGAAAUUAAGUCUCAAGGAUACAGCAAAUUUUCCAUUUAUUUAACCUUUAAAAUUUGAAAUUGUUGAAUUCAUAUCCCAGCAAAAUAGGUUUUGUUUUACCGAAACAUUGAAAUAUCAUGCCCACGAAGUUAAAUCAUUUGAGCCGCACCAUGAGAAAACCAACAUAGUGCAUUUGCGACCGCCGACCGGCAUGGAUCCAGACCAGGCUGCGCAUCUGCACAGUCUGGUCAUGAUCAUGAUCCAUGCUGCUCGCUUUCAAAGCCUAUUGCAAUUAGAGAGACUGUUAGCGAACAGCAUGGAUCCUUACCAGACUGCGCGAAUGUUGGUUUUCUCAUGGUGCGGCUCAUUUUACAGUACAUUACUAACUGCCGACUUGGUAUAUUAUGUGUUUAUUAAGAUGAUGUUGUAUUAUUUUAUGUACCAUGUCAUUAAUUAUUUUGCCAUGUACUGAAUGUGCAACAUUUUAAUUAUGUAUCAUAUGGGAAAUAAAGUCAGUAUAAGAGCCAGUAUUUUGAAUUUUAAAUAAAGUUAGCUAAGUAUAUCCUUUGUACAGAAAAACUACCCAGCCUUUAUCAGCAUCUAUUGUUGGAAAUAAGCAGUGUAAAAGCUUACGUUCAGUGGAGUUUAUAAUACCAUUUAGUGUAUAGUUUUGAGAUACACCAUCCAUAAUACUGUGAAAUCAGUAAUUUUUGGUGGGUGGGGGGAGGGGCACUCGCUUUUGCCGAUUUCGUGAUUGAGUACAUGAAAAUUUAAUCCCAAUGAACAUUUAAAAUUCCCAUUCAUUUUGUUUGUAAUUCAGUCUUACUACUUGACUUAAAUAUUGUUGAGUUAUAAUUUUUGUUUUUAUAGAGAUUUUUAUUAUUAAAGGGGUUUUAUAUUCUGAAGAUUUUCAUAUUGCGCUGAACAUCUUGAGAUAUGCCACUUUAAAUCUUUAUUUUGAUGCCCACCAUAUUGUUCAGUUUUUCAUGACAUUCAACAUACAUGAUAAUAUCUCUUUAAAAUCUUUUUUGUGCUUAGAGUUCGCUAUGAAAUGUUUUGAUACUGUUUAUCAUUAGUGACGUUUUUGUGCUAAUUUAUUUUGCAUCCACCAGGUUAUACUACACUUGUAUAAAUAUUAACUAAUAACUAGAACUUACUUCUUCUUUGGAAUGUCAAAAUAAUUCAUUCCUGUGAAAUGGUGCAACCUCCAAAACGCGAGAAAAUCUUUGUACGUAGAGGAUUGCUGUAGAGGGUUUAAUUUACAAAGACAGUAGUUUGAUAGGAAAGAAAUUACUGCCUUUCUAAAGAACUAGAUGCACGUCAGUUGUUUUUAUUUUAACAGAGGCUACAGUAGAUUCAUGAGCAUUAAAACUUUAAACACAUUUAAAAAAACAACAUUGCUACCUGUAACAUGACCAGAAGCUUACUAUUAGAUGAUACGGACCAUAACUGAUAGAUCUGAAUGCUGUGCUAAUAGUAUAGAAGUUCUAGUCUAAUUUAAAUUGCUUGUUGAUAUACCGGUACACAUUUACCAUCUUUGCACAGUAAACACAGGUACCUGAAUUAUUAGUAAUUUUUCUGUGCUACUUGAAGCGUGACUACCAUCCAUGAAAUCCAUAUCCAAAUGAGCCGUGCCAUGAGAAAACCAACAUAGUGUGUUUGUGACCAGCAUGGAUCCAGACCAGCCUGUGCAUUCGCGCAGUCUGGUCAGGAUCCAUGCUGUUUGCUUUCAAAGCUUAUUGCAAUUAUAGAAAACGUUAGUGAACAGCAUGAAUCCUGACCAGACUGCGCAAGGUUGGUUUUCUCAUGGCGUGGCUCAAACUAGUUUUGUUGGGAUAUACAGAAGUUCUGUAAUCUGUUAAGAAUAUUGCGUACCUGUAAAAGUCAUGACACCUUUCAGUGAUAACCAUAUUGACCAGGAUCUUCAAUUAUACUUUCAGCAAUAUAUGACCAUUUUGUGUCGAUUCGCCGUAAAACCCAACUUACUCACUCACUCACUCACUCACUCACUCAAUUAUACCUGUUUUCUGUAGAUUUUACAUUGCAAAAUGCUUUUACAUGUAAUACUGACAUACUGGUUAUAAAAAUGUUGAGGUAUUAAUGUCACACAAGGUCUGUAUUGCAGUCUGCCUGAUGCAGUUACUGGCUUCACUGUCCUUAAAUAACAAUGAUGAUUGAUCUUGUGUGGUAAUAAUGCUGCAAGACUUGAGACAUGCCUAUUUUUUUAAAGAAAUAGAAGAUGAUUAUGAUUUGAAUAAAUAGAGAGAUGAGAGUUUAUUAGCUUAUGCAGUGGACCAUAGGCUACUGAGAAUACAUUCAAAUAUAAAUAAAUACUGUGAAAUCAUUAAUAUUCGUGGGGGACUAAUUUUCAUGGUUGAGUCAAUCCACGAAAUUUAAUCCCAACGAACAAGUAAAAUUCCCAUUCAUUUUUUGUUCAAAAGUUGAAAUCCACGAAUUCAUAUCCCCACGAAUUGCCAUUUUGACUAAAACCACAAAAUUUCAUGCCCACGAAAUUAAAUGAUUUUACAGUACAGAAUAAAGUUACAAUUGUCAAGCAUCUGAGAGUUGUUAGUACAUAUUCCAAAUAGCAGUAGUAUAUUAAUAUAGCAACUGUUUUAUCAAAAUAUAUGUAUAUUAUUUAGAUAUAUAGCUGGGUUAGAUUUUGAAGAAGUUGGGCUUUUGUAAUCAGUUACAACAUUUGAUAACAUUUGACUUUAAAAUUUGUAAAUACAUGUUGUGGAUUUUGUAUGACAUGAAUUACAACACAAGCUUCACCUGCACAGGUGACAAUGAUUAUACUUUAACUUAAGUAUAUUAGAUAGGAUUUAUAAUAUUGUGUUGUAAUUCUUGCAAUACACACUCCAUAGCAAGUUUUUAAAUGUUAUUGAAUGUUGUUACUGAUACUGGUUUUUAAAGCUGAACUUUUCCAAAAUUAAAAUCGUUACUAACUUAGUUUAUUUCAAAAACUGAAAUAUUUUCCAUGAAUGUAUGUUGCCUUUUUAAUCAUCAGGAGUAUAUAUAAGUAUGUGUAAUAUUCUUCAUAAUUAUGUAGCAUGUUUUGUUAAGUCAAAAUGUUAGUAAGAAUUAAUAUUUGUAUGAGUUUUAGGCCAGCAGUUAGAGAUGUUUUACUAGAAAUACAAUGUACAUGGUUAUAUUCUGUUACUUAGUAAAGUUGUUUGCAUUCGGUAUUAAAUUUUUAUACUGGUAUAAAA